AGUCAUUCUCUGAUUCUUGACUCACUCAUAUAAGUAUAUUUACAAAACAGACUAAAGUUCACACAUUGACAUAAAUAUUCAGUGCGAUGGUAAAUGGCCGAGCUAAAGGCCGUGGAUGGAGUAAGUUGGAUUUGACUGUGGACGAUGUUGGCUUAGUUGAUAGUACUGAUGGCAGUGAUAAUAGCAGUGAGUAUAGUCUGCCAAAUGCGUCCGUACAAAGCACCAAGUCGGAGAUUUCCAUUGUGCCACAUCAGAAUAGCGGUGCUUACAUAGCACUUGACAAGGACUUCCAAAUGAAAUUGGUUACUCGCUGCACCAUCCCCGUUGACGAGGGAUAUGGCGAGGACACCUUCUCAGCAGAGUUGAAUGAGGAGCGCUGCAUGUUUCGCAAUUGGUCGCCCUAUCAAUCCAAGUUGGCAGCUGCCUUGCUCAAAGGUGUCAAAAAUGUUCAGAUAGUCGAAGGAACCAAGCUGAUCUAUUUGGGUGUGGCAACUGGUUGCCCCGUUUCACAUAUCGCUGAUAUUGUGGGCGACUCUGGCAUUGUGUACGCUGUGGAGACGAGUCCGUGGGCCAACGGCCAGCUGCUGGAGAUGGCAAAGAGACGCCACAACGUUGUUGCCAUCAUCGAUGAUCCCAUGUUGCCGUACAAAUAUCGCAAGCUCGUUGAGGAUCGCGUCGAUUUCAUAUUCUGCGAUACCCAGCACCAUGAACAGCUGCGCAUUCUGAUACUCCACGCCCGACACUUUCUCAAGCCGGGUGGGAAUUUUGCCAUAAUGCUGCCGGGUGCGGCACACGACUCCAUCAAGGCAAUGAAUCGUCUGCAUGCCGAACAGUUGGACACCAUCGAGCGGAUCUCGUUGCAGCCCUAUGUGCGGGGACAGUACCUGCUGGUGGGUGUCUAUAAUCAAUCCUGAUCAGUUCUUGAAAUCAUUUUUUCCUUUUUUUUACACACGUUUUAUUUUUUGUUACAUUUCAAGUUGUACAUGUUCAGUGGGGAUAACGCAAUAAAAAUAUGCAUUUGAAAA